AUGAAUCAAAUUCUGCUGGUCCAGGGUAUUUCCAGAUCGCAGUGUGACCAGUUCUGGGACUCGCAUAAUGCGUGGCUGUCACCUUGUGCAUUGCCCUACCUGGCAUGCAUCCCGGCUGUCAUAGUGUUGCUUAUUGCAUUAAGCCACAUACUUGGAUACUCCUGCCAGCGGUGGCGCCCCAAGUGGACUGUUCCUUUUGUCUCCGAGGAACAAGAUACUCAAGAGCUCCCACUAGAUCAGCCCAAACAAUCGUUGCGAUGGACCGCCUGUCUUCUAGUAUUUUCAGUCACUGGACUUCUGGCUGAGACAGUUCAAUUCGUUCCUCCAAGAAUUGACGCCUCGGCUUUUGUGCUUGUUCUCUCAUGGGCCACAGCAUCUAUUCUGGUCGCAGUCAAGCGGCCCAGAUCAUGUUCUAUCUCGUUGCUCGCGUAUUAUAUCUUAGCAUUUGCAAUUGAACUUUCUCUGGCAACUCACCCAAAUGUAUGCCCGAAAUUCAAAAUUGUUACUCGCUACAUUGCCGCAGCGGCAGCAGCAGCAGCCUGUGCAACAAUCCUCUUAAUGCCAUUCCGCGAGCCUUUGCUCUCAUCAACAGAUAUCAGCGCUGUUGGUCAGCAGCCAUCUAAUGACUUCCGGACCCCGGAAGAUAAUCUGAAGCUUUGGCAGUUCCUCACAGUGUCGUGGAUGGCCCCGCUUAUCUCAAUUGGGCGCAAAAGACAACUACAUGAACAUGAUGUCUGGCUGCUUGGAUUUGACUUUCGACACAGCCGGCUGCAUGAAAAGUUUCGUCGACUUCGUGGCUCUGUCCUCAGUCGACUGCUGAGAGCCAAUGGAAUUGAUGUCUUUAUCAUCUCUACCAUCUCGUUUGUCCAGAUGAUAUGCGACUUUUCUACUCCCGUUCUAUUGCAGCAACUAUUGCAGGCUAUGAAAGACCCGUCCCGACCAAAACGGGUACCUUUGACCUAUGCUUUCAUGUCCUUCGCUCUUCGACUUGUCGCUGCACAGUCUCAAGUGUUACUUCUGUGGUACGGGCGGCGAUGCUAUGAACGGUCGAGGGGUGAAAUGAUCAUGAUGGUCUAUGAAAAAGCCCUGUCACGGAAGAACGUAUUUGGACUGAUGAUCGAGGCCAACGGAUCAUCCAACGCGGAAGCAAUUGGCGUCAAUGAUGAACCCCCUGUUGAAGAGAGCAAUCAACCUCCAUCCAAACCCGAGGAACGUUUCUGGCAACGUAUCAUUUCUCGCAACCAAAAGGCCCCACAGAAACAAGCGAAAGAAGCUGCAUCACUUGGCAAAAUCUUUAAUCUCUUGCGCGGAGAUGUUUAUGAAGUUGCGCAGAGAUUCUGGGAGGUCGACUCAUUGAUUGACAAGCCGUUAGGACUUGUGAUAGCUACCUUCCUCGUCUGGACACUGUUCGGCCCAUCUUGUUUCCUGGGGAUAUUAGCAGUCCUGGUUGCACAGGUCGUGAAUGCACUGGUAACUAGAGCUCUCCUCCGUUGGGAGCGAGUUAGACGAGUGGCAACGGAUACAAGACUCCAAAUAACUUCGCAAUUCGUGGAAGCAAUCCGGCACCUGCGAUGGUACGGAUGGCAGAAUCAUUGGCUUCAGCAAGUAAUGGAGGCCCGCCAGCAUGAGUUGAAUAUUCGGAUUGUGACUAGUCUGUGGAGUAUCUUGAUUCGCUUUAUCAACGCUUUUGCAAGUGGCGUGUUUCCAGUGGUUGCGUUGUACGCAUACACCUUUUUGGCCGGACAUGAGCUGCGGGUUGAUAUCAUCUUUCCCGCAUUGCAGUUGUUUACCAUGUUAGAGACCCGUCUUCGGGAUAUUCCUGGUCUUAUCACAUCGCUUAUCAAUGCCUUCAUUGCCCUUGGGCGUAUCGAGGACUUCAUGUCCGAACCAGACAAGGAGAAUCUACCUUCUGAAACCCUGACGAACGAUGCUCCACUCUCGAUGCAAUCUUGUUCGUUCGCGUGGCCAGGAAAGGUCUCACCCGUCCUUGUUGAUGUCGAUGUCACCAUCCCCAAAGGACUGACUGUCGUCACCGGCAAGGUCGGCGCUGGAAAAACCGCAUUUCUGCAAGCUCUUCUAGGCGAACUCGAUAGACUUGGCGGCUCGGUUCAUAUUCCAAACGAAAUGGUGGGAUAUUGUGCCCAGACCCCGUGGCUGCAAAGCAUGAGUAUUCGUGAUAACAUUCUAUUCUCCGCUCCCUACCAUGACCAGCACUACAAGCGGACACUGGAAGCCUGCGCCUUACUUCCAGAUCUUGCUCAAUUUAAGCAUGGCGAUUUAUCGUUUGUGGGUGAAAACGGUAUCGGGUUAUCAGGUGGACAAAAGGCGCGAGUAGCUCUGGCAAGAGCUGUCUAUAGCGCAUCGCGGGUUCUCCUUUUGGAUGAUCCCUUGUCUGCAUUAGAUCACAAUACUGCGGAGCUGAUAGUCCGCAAAUGCUUUUUGGGGCCGUUGAUGAAAGACAGAACUAUCGUUCUAGUGACCCAUCGAACUACGUUGGUCCAUCAACUUGCGGAUCAAAUCAUCAAUAUUUGUGGAAAACAUGCCACUGUUUACAACAAGGGUACUCUCAAGCUUGACGUGACUGAGCCCUCUUUGCGAUUUAUCGACCACGAAAACGAAACAGAAGCAGAAACCACCCUCGAGGAGGAGACAGCCGCCGUGCCUGAUAAAUUCGUCGAGGAAGAGCAUCGAGCAGACGGGGGUGUCAAGGCUCGAGUGUACUGGAAUUAUGUUAAGGCCGGAAAGUACCGAUGGUGGCUUACCCUCGUCCUGACCCUGGCAAUCUACCGACUGGUGGCUGUUGCGCAAUCAUGGUUUCUCAAAGGGUGGGGAGAAGCCUACGAGCGGACAACUGUCUCAAACUGGGGUGAGAGCUCAUCACAAGGGGCCUGGUCAGUCUCGAACUGGAGCAUGGACACAUAUUUUACGCCCCCGAACCCUAUAGACCAAUUGCCGUCUCCACGUGAGGAUGUGCGACCCUGGCUAUGGACGUUUUUUGCCAUCAUCUCCUUCCAAGCGGCCACACUCCUUAUCGCUCAGCUUCUGAUGCUGGUCAUCGUCUAUUAUGCUGGGCAGUCCUUGUUCCGACGGGUAUUGGUCCGAGUUAGCCAUGCAACCUUCCGAUACUUGGAUACAAUCCCUCUUGGCCGCUUGAUGAACCGUCUCACAUCCGAUAUUGGAGUCGUGGAUGGCAACAUUAGUGAGCAAUUCCAGGUGAUUGCCUUCCAGGCCAUCACCUGGAUCUCUUCUGUCCUGGUAAUUGCCACCGCUACCCCGGUAUUUUUGUUGUUCUCCCUAGCCCUCACUGUGGCGUUUGUCUCGGUAUUCCUGCGUUUCCUUCCCACAUCUCAAAGCCUACGACGACUGGAGAUGGUGUCCCUAAGUCCUCUGCUGUCCAACUUCGGCGAACUAUUACACGGUCUGACCACUGUCCGGGCUUUCCAUGCAGAGUCACAGUUCCAGAACCGGGUCAUAUCUGUGGUCGACAAGUUCCAGGGGAUGGACCAUUUCUAUUGGUCACUCCAGAGCUGGCUCAUGUACCGGUUUGAGGGCCUGUCUGCUUGCUCAACAUUUUGUCUAACAGCUCUGGCGUUAUACACCAAUACCACACCAGGACUGGUAGCAUUCGUGCUUAUUGCUGCCAACAACUUCGUCGAUUCUACACACAUAUUGUGCAAGCAGUACGGCCAACUUCAAAUGGACUUUGUGUCGGUAGAGCGAGUCGACGAACUACUCCAUAUCGAAGAAGAAACUCCCGGGACUAUCGCUCCCCCAGCCGCAUGGCCAACUUACGGUAGCGACGUUAUCUUCGAAGAUGCAACUCUCCGUUACGCACCACACCUCGACCCCUCGCUUAUAAACGUCUCUCUUCGCAUCCCCGGGGGGUCCACUACAGCGGUUAUCGGCCGUACUGGCAGCGGCAAGUCCACACUAGCAAUGUCCCUUAUGAGCGUCAUUAGACCUGAAUCAGGUCGCAUUCUCAUCGACGGCAUCAAUAUCGCUGACGUUAGCACACAAGCAUUACGCACCCGAGUUACCUUCGUCGCGCAAGAUCCCGUCCUCUUCCCCGGUAGCAUCAGACUCAACCUGGAUCCAACGGAAGAUUAUUCCGAUGAUCUGUGCACCGAAGUCCUGGGUCGUCUGUGUAGUCGGCAUGGCUGGCAUCUUGGUACACGUAUUGAGGCUGGAGGAAGAAAUCUUAGUCAGGGUCAACGGCAACUUAUCGCUCUCACACGGGCUGUCCUUCGUCGAAGCGCGAUUGUCAUUCUUGACGAGGCGACUGCUUCCGUUGACCACGAUACUUCUCUUGAGAUUCAGCAGAUUAUCCGGGAGGAGUUGCAGCAGUCUACUGUCAUUACGAUUGCGCAUCGCAUAGAAGCUGUCAAGGAUGCGGAUUACUUUGUGGUUUUGGAUCAGGGGCGGGUUGCUAGACAGGGGCAUGUGCGGGACUUGUAG